AUGUUUAAAUCACGGACCAUAAAAUUCAACAAGGUGACGCCUGUAGGAGAGAAUGAUGAGAAUGAACAAGGUUCUCAACCAAACCAUCAGUCUCAGCAAUCCACAAGACAGGAUGAAAACAAAACUGAAGAGGAACCUCUCAAAACCAAGAUGACUCCAGUCACAUCUGAAGAGCCACACACUAAAACACAAGAAAAAAUCUUCAAGGAAAAUUCCUCCAGUGAUCUGAUCACAUACCAUGACCAUGAAAAUGCAGCAGAACCAACCAGAACAAUGCCAGAGCAGAAGGAAAUGGAUUCUGGGAAAGAAGGUCCAAACAGCCCAAAAAGCAGACUGCAUAGAACCCCCGUUAUAAAUGAGUAUGCUGAUACUCAGUUGCACAACCUGGUGAAAAGAAUGCGUCAAAGAACAGCCGUCUACAAGAGAAAGUUGGUAGAGGGAGAUGAAUCCUCACCUGAACCCAGCUCACAAACUGCAAAGCCCACAGCUGUACCACCAGUACAAGAAAUCCCCGCUAAGCUAACAGAAGAACAUUACUACAGCCUGUUGUGUUGUAAAUUCCAGAAGAUGCCUUUGACAGAAUACAUAAGGCGGGUUGGGCUUGCAAAAAGCAUAGAUUCCUACACAGAUCGAUACUAUCUCCUGUGGCUCUCAAUUGUCACCAUUGCCUAUAACUGGAACUGCUGGUUUAUACCACUGCGCCUGGUCUUUCCAUAUCAAACACCAGAAAACACACUCUACUGGCUUAUCAUGGACAUGAUGUGUGAUAUCAUCUACCUUUGUGAUAUGCUAUUAAUUCAGCCAAGACUCCAGUUUGUAAGAGGAGGAGACAUAAUAAUGGAUUCAAAUGAGCUAAAGAAACACUACAAGAGUUCUACAAAAUUUCAGUUGGAUGUUGCAUCAAUAAUACCAUCUGAUAUUUUAUACCUCUUCUUUGGGUUUAAUCCUAUAUUUAGAAUAAAUAGGAUGUUAAAGUAUACUUCAUUUUUUGAGUUUAAUCAUCACCUAGAGUCUAUAAUGGAUAAAGCAUAUAUCUACAGAGUCAUUCGAACAACUGGAUACUUGCUGUUUAUUCUGCACAUUAAUGCCUGUAUUUAUUUCUGGGCUUCAAACUAUGAAGGAAUUGGCUCUACUAGGUGGGUGUAUGAUGGUGAAGGACACAAGUACCUGAGAUGUUACUAUUGGGCUGUUCGAACUUUAAUUACCAUUGGGGGCCUUCCUGAACCACAAACUUUAUUUGAAAUUAUUUUUCAACUCUUGAAUUUUUUUUCUGGAGUUUUUGUGUUCUCCAGUUUAAUUGGUCAGAUGCGAGAUGUGAUUGGGGCGGCUACAGCCAAUCAGAACUACUUCCGCGUCUGCAUGGAUCAUACCAUUGCCUACAUGAACAAUUACUCCAUUCCUAAAAGUGUGCAAAAGCGGGUUCGGACUUGGUAUGAAUAUACAUGGGCCUCUCAAAGAAUGCUAGAUGAGUCCAAUUUGCUUCAGACCCUGCCGACGACAGUGCAGUUAGCCCUUGCCAUUGAUGUGAACUUCAGCAUCAUCAGCAAAGUCGACUUGUUCAAGGGUUGUGAUACACAGAUGAUUUAUGACAUGUUGCUAAGAUUGAAAUCCACUCUUUAUUUACCUGGUGACUUUGUCUGCAAAAAGGGAGAAAUUGGCAAGGAAAUGUAUAUAAUCAAACAAGGAGAAGUGCAAGUUCUUGGAGGCCGUGAUGGUAUUCAAGUUCUGGUUACUCUGAAAGCUGGGGCAGUGUUUGGAGAAAUCAGUCUUCUAGCAGCAGGAGGAGGAAACCGUCGCACUGCCAAUGUCGUGGCCCAUGGAUUUGCCAAUCUUUUAACUCUGGACAAAAAGACCCUUCAAGAAAUUCUAGUGCAUUAUCCAGACUCCAAAAAGAUCCUCAUGAAGAAAGCCAGAGUGCUUUUAAAGCAGAAGGCUAACACCACAGAGGAAACUCCUCCAAGAAAACAACUUGCCUUCCUCUUCACACCAAAAGAAGAUACACCCAAAUUGUUUAAAUCUCUCUGGGGAGGCACAGGAAAAGCAAGUAUUACAAGACUACUCAAACUGAAGAAAGAACAAACAGUUCAGAAAAAAAGUGAAACUUCUGAAGGAGGAGAGGCUAAAGGAAAAGAAAAUGAAGAUAAAGGAAAAGAGUCAGCAGAGAAAUCACUGGACAGAUCUGAAUGUAGAGCAAGUCCUAAUACAGUGGAAGAAGAGCCACUGUCAAUUAAAAGGGCAGUUUUACCCAGAGGAACCACCCGUCAAUCACUAAUCAUCAGCAUGGCUCCUUCUGCUGAGGCCGGAGAAGAGGUUCUGACUAUUGAAGUCAAAGAAAAGGCUAAGCAAUAA